CGUGGGAGCAGCAGCAUCACCUCAGCGCACGACAUCGCCUCUCCCUUCACUCGCAACGGAGCGGCCCGGCGUAGCGCACACCGUCAACGGCUGUGUCUGCGAUAGGGCGUGUGUGUGUGUGUGUGAUACUGCGUGCGUGUUUCCCGCAGGUGUAGAGUUCUUCAUCCCCCUCUGAUUCUUUAACUGUCACCUGCUCUUGGCUUUCUUUCCUUCCCAUUUUUCUGCUUCCGUGGCCAUGGGAAGGUGUGCCGCGGGACGCCUUCUUGGGCCCGCGACGAUUGCGGUGCUGGCGGCCUGCUGUCUGGGAGGUUACAUCAUCACCACCCCACGGAAAUGGCCCUCGGGGGAGAGAGUGCAGGUGUGUCUGUUUAGUGUGGACGGCGUGGCGGUGGCGAAGGAGGGGCCGGCGGCGGAGGAGGGGACGCCCGAGCGGGGGGUGGAUGGCAGAGUGACGGUGAAGGUGAAGCCAAACUUUGGGGAGGAAGACCUUGUGCCCAACCAGGUCAUCUCCUUGCCCCCAGGCAAGACAGAGGUGUGCCAGACAGUCGCCGUGCCCCAAGUGGACAGCACCCGAGGCAAACUGGAGAUCCACGGUAACCUGGGCGGCAAGGCGGUGAGCCACAGCGAGACGCUCCUCUUCGCCACCACCGCCUCCAAGACCUUCGUGCAGACCGAUAAGUUCCUGUACAUGCCGGGCCAGAAGGUGCAGUUCAGGGUCCUCACCAUCACGGGACCCUACCUCAAAGUCUUCACCGGCGUUUACCCGGCCAUGUGGAUCGAGUCUCCCGCCGGCAGCCGCAUCGCCCAGUGGAUUGACGUGGACGCCUCAGCCGGUCUCGUCCACCAAGAAUUCCAGCUGAUUUCCGAGCCCGACGAGGGAACGUACAAGAUCCACGUGGAGUCGCCGGUGGGAGGCAGUAAGGAGGUGAAGUCGUUCAAGGUGGAGGAGUUCGUGCUGCCCCGCUUCGAGGUGACAGUGGAGGCCCCGCCUUACAUCCUGGGCUCCGACAAACGUUUAUCCUACAAGGUCUGCGCCACGUACACGUAUGGUCAGCCGGUGAAGGGGAACGUGACCUUCCUCCUGACGGCGAAGGAGUGGGGGAAUGAGAACACCGCGCUUUUGAGGGAGGAGAUCAACGGCUGCCACGUGCUGGACAUCGACGAGACUGUGAUCAAGCUGAGCAGAAAUAGGUUCCAGGCCAAUACCUUUGGGGUGACGGCGACGGUGACGGAGGCGGGCACGGGGCAGCAGGCCAAGGGGGAGAGCACCAUGGACGUGCAGCGGACGGCGAGGAAGUUUGAACACGUCGCCAAGGAAGUCUACGUCAAGCCAAACCUGCCCUUCACGGGAGAGUUCGAGGUAAAGCUUCCCAGCAGCCUUCCCGCGGCGCACGAGAGAGUACAAAUAUGCCACGGUGACACCUGCAAGAACUUCACCACGGACAGCAGAGGACGCGUGAAGUACGUCUUCCCUGCAUACGAGGAGUUCAUGAUCAGGAUCAAGUCCCUGGAUCACCCCAGGAUCGAAAACCCGAGCUCCAGCUAUCAGCCCAUCAUGUUCAAGUCCGAUUCCACACACUCGGUCAAGCGGUACUACUCCCCCUCCGGCUCUGGGCUCGUCAUACAAGCUCCCGAGGUACAGCUGAGAUGCGAGACGGGAGAGAGCCAGAAUAUCUCGGUGCCCGUCUUGUACGCAGCCACCGAGGGGACAAAGGCUAACUUCACGAUACAGCUGGUGUCACGCGGGCAGAUCCAGUACACACACACCCUGGAGCACACCUUCACCCAGUCUGCCUUGCCCAUCAACACCGCCCUUCUCCUCAAGCCAAUGCCCCCCCCGGCUGAGGGCAUCGUGAUGGGGGUCGUCAACCUCCCCCUCACUGUUCCCCUCACCUCCUCCCCGACUGCCAAGGUGUUGGUUUGGUACACGCGCGAGGACGGCGAGGUGGUGUCUGACUUCCAGGAGAUUGACCUCAAGAAAUGCCUCACCAACCUCGUCAGCCUGAAGUGGUCGGCUGCUCGCGCCGGGCCUGGAGACACCGUGGACCUUGCUAUGACCGCGGAGCCGCAGUCCCUCUGCAGUCUGGGCGUUGUGGACAAGAGCGUUGAACUCCUCUCGUCCAAGGAAGGAGCGUCAUCCACUCUGGAGGAGGUGUUCACGGUGGUUAAGCUGGCGGGUGUUAAGCCCAACGAGAACUCCCAGAUUGACAACGAUGAGUACUGCUCGAAGAAUAGACCUGAAAGCGAGCCUCCUACCCCCUUCCCCCGCCCCCCCUUCCCCCCCGGCCCCCCCGGCAUACCCCGACCGGUGCCCUUCGCUGCUGAGGAGCCUCUGAGACUGGCCAAAAGGUCGAUCUGGAGGCCUGGCAGGUAUCUGACGAACCAUGUGGACGCCAUUAAAAUGUUCGAGGAAUCUGAUUUGUUCGUCUUCACGGAUCUGAAGGUUGAGACGAGGCCGUGCACCUACGAGAGAUCCUACUACCCCUCCUUCAUGCAGCGCAGAGUCCCCUCGGCGCCGGAACGUAAUAGUUUUCAGAUGCGGAGAAGUGAGCCGGUUAUCAUCCGAAAAGCCUCUGCUGCCUCGCUGUCACUUAGAAUGGAGGACUUCUCAUUUCCCGACCCUUUUCUCCGGACGAAAGGAAAAGAGGAGGAAGAACCUACGGACUCUCCCUCUUCCUCCCUCUCCUCCUCACGUAGCUACUUCCCGGAGACGUGGCUGUGGCAAAUCAACUUACUGGACCUGAACGGAACCCACACCCAGGAGCUCUCUCUGCCGCACACCAUCACGGAGUGGGUGGGCAAGGCGGUCUGCGUGCACCCCGACCAUGGCAUAGGGGAGUCACCGAAGGCCUCCAUCAUCACCUUCACCCCCUUCUUCAUUGACCUCACCCUCCCGCCUUCAGUUCAGCGCGGCGAGAUCCUGCCCGUUAAGAUCUCCGUGUUCAACUACCUGGAUGAGUCCUUACCGGUCAAAGUGAUCCUCGGGGCCAGCGAGCAAUAUGACAUCCUGGACGCAGCUAACGGUACGCGGUCCUCCUGCAUCCCCUCUCAAGACAAGGUGGUGCAUACGGUGAGGGUCAAGCCAAAGGUGGUCGGGGACAUGAACCUGACCGUGGAGGCGUUUGUGGACGAGUUGUACCCUGAGGUGUGCGGCCCGGAGUACGUCAUUAGUAAGAGGGACCACCUUAUCAAGCCCAUCCGCGUGGAGCUGGAGGGCUUCCCGCAGGAGAAGACGUGGAGCAAGUUUAUGUGUACCGACGAAGCCAGUAACGACCCCUUCGCCGCGUCCUGGAGGCUGGAGGCGCCCUCUGACAUCGUGCCCGACUCCGCGAGGGGCUUCGUCACCGCCGUGGGAGACCUGCUCGGACCAACCCUGGAUAACCUGGGCUCGCUGGUCCGGAUGCCUUACGGGUGCGGCGAACAGAACAUGAUCAACUUCGCGCCCAACAUCUUCGUGCUCCAGUACCUCGAGGCCGCUGGCAAGACCACAUCGGACAUCGCGGAGAAGGCGAUUGAGUUCAUGAAGAGCGGGUACCAGAGGGAGCUGCGUUACCGCCACGAGGACGGCUCCUUCAGCGCCUUCGGGCCGUCUGACGAGUCCGGCUCCACGUGGCUCACGGCCUUUGUGCUCAAGUCCUUCGCUCAGGCCCAGCAGUUCAUCCCGAUCGACACCGGGGACAUCGACAUGAGCAGAGACUGGCUGAAGAGGUCGCAGAUGGAGAACGGCUGUUUCCUCUCCAAGGGCAAGGUGUUCCACAAGGGCAUGAAGGGCGGCAUCGCGGGCAACGACAACCCAGUUCCCUUGUCGGCCUACAUUCUCACAUCGCUCCUGGAGGCCGGCGAGCUGACAACAAGUCGGGCGGUGAGUGAGGCGGCCUUCUGCCUCGUCAGCGACAAGAGCAACCACACCUACACCCAGGCCCUCAAGUCCUACGCCCUCGCCCUUGCCGGAGACCCCCGAGCUGCCACCCUCCUCACUCAGCUGCUGGCCAAGGCGACCACCUCCGCUGAUGGCCUCUACUGGGAGCUGCCUUCCAGUGACGGCAAGAGCGACGCUCCCAACGUGGAAGCUGCCGCGUACGUCCUUCUGGCCAUGGCAACGCUGAGCCCCACCGACUACGUGAACGAGAUGCAGCAGCUGGUGAAAUGGAUCUCCAGCAAGAGGAAUGGGCAGGGCGGCUUCGUCUCCACCCAGGACACUGUGGUCGCCCUCCAAGCCCUGGCCAAGUACGAGAUGGUGUUAACCGGAGGGCCUGUUAACGUCGCCGUGCUCGCGUCCUUCAACGAGCAGGAGCACACCUUCAGUAUCAAUGAGGACAACAAACUCCUGCUGCAGCGGACCGAACUCACCUCCUUCCCCACCACCGUCACGGCUGAUGUGGCUGGGGAAGGUUGUGCUCUGGUGCAGGCCGUCCUGCGCUACAACAUCCCCGCCGAGGCACCGAGCACCGCCUUCACGCUGCGCACCACCACCGAGACGGCACCGGACGACGAAUGCAAGACCAAAAAGAUCAAAGUCUGCGCCUCAUACACGUUGCCAGACCUCAAAUCCAACAUGGCAGUCAUUGAAGUCAACUUAAUCUCCGGCUACAUCCCGAGCAAGGACGAUCUGAAGCAGGUGGUUGGGUACGGCACGGGUCUCAUCAAGCGCUACGAGGUUGAUGGGAGGAAGGUCACGUUCUAUAUUGACGAGUUUUCCCCCAAGGAGCUCUGUGUGGCCUUCAGAGCGACGCGCGAGGUGGACGUGGAAGACGCCAAGCCAGGGACGGUGCGCGUGUACGAUUAUUACGACCCCGAGCAGUUCGUGAGCGAGAGCUACACCUUCCCCCCCAACGACGAGUGUGUGUCCAGCCUGGAGGCCGCAGCGGCGAUUGAGGGGCUCAUUAUCGAGGAUGUUAUGGACUACUUAGUUAAUUAAAGGUCCAUGAGGAGGAGGAGACUGAGAUCAACUUAUUACUAAAGAUCCUGUGUGUGUGUGUGUGUGUGUGUGUGUGUGUGUGUGUGUGUGUAUGUGAGUGUGUGUGUUUAAUAUAGUACUGGUAAUCCCUGCAACAGUUGAUUUAUCCCCAUUAAUUUUCUGCUUUUAUUUCAUUUUAUUUUUUUUAUCUCGUUUCUUUUAUUUCUUUUCAUUUAAUUUCUUUGUCAUCUGAUUCAUCUUCCUUUCUUUUGCUGUGUAUUUUUUUUGUGUUAUUUUUUCCUGUUCUUUUCUCUGUUCUGGUUAAGUUCCUGUUCUUAUUUACCUUUUAUAUUGUUCUCCUUUGAGCAGCCCCUUCAUUCACACUCUCAGUUUCAUCUACAAUUGGACGCCGGUAAGUGAGUGAGUUCCCUGCGCAGUAACGGCCUGGUCUGAGCCUCGCCCUUACCCUCCACUGCUUGUUAAUAAAAAGGUUAAAAUGU